AGAGUAUACGACGGGAAAGGGGAAAAUACUUGGCCAUUGAUAACGACGAAGAGCGAAGGAGGGAAUAGAUCGGAGAAUGAGCGGAGCAUCGACGGCGGCGUAUUUGGCGCGGCGGGCGGCGCAGAGGGAGAGGGUUCAAAUUCUCUAUCGUCGUGCCCUCAAGGACGCUCUGAACUGGGCCGUUCAUCGCCAUAUUUUCUACCGCGACGCCUCUGAUCUACGCGAGAAGUUCGAUGAUAACAAAGAUGUGGAAGACGUAGACAGAAUCGAUAAUCUGAUUGCUUAUGGUGAAGCACAAUAUAACAAGUGGCGCCACCCUGAUCCUUAUAUCGUUCCAUGGGCUCCUGGUGGUUCAAAGUUCUGUAGAAAUCCACCUCCACCCUCUGGGAUCGAGAUAGUGUAUGACUACGGUCAAGAAGACAACCCAUAACCGCAGCUGCAUCUUUAUGCCCAUCAAUAAAGAUUUCAGACAACCUUGCUGUGGUUUUGAGAGAGAAAGAUACACGACUUUCCCAUCGUGUGGAUGUUGUUUUAAGGUUUCGGACCAAUUGUUGUUUCUGGUAAGGAGCUCUGUUUCCGUUUCUUCGUCUUUCUGAAAAAUCAUUCGGGCGCUGUUUGCUGCUCAGACUCAUAAUGGAUUGUUAUGUUAUGCUCUGAUCAUGACAAUGACUACAAUCAUUUCAUGUG